AUGGCCGAACGAAGCCUCACCCAGGUCCUGACCCAGCUCAAAAAGUCACCCUCGAUGCCCUACGCCGACGCAAACGCCCUCCUCUCCAAGGCCAAGCUAGCCCUCCUCAGCCUCAAGGCCCUCACCCCCUCCGCAUCCACCCCCCAGACCGUCCUCGCCCUCGCCCGCGAGACCUACGAGCAGGGCGCCCUCUUCGCCAUCCGCGCCCGCAACCCGGACGCCUUCACCCGCUACGUCCAGCAGCUCCAGCCCUACUACGAGCUCCCCUCCGCGCGGCUGAGCCCCAACGUCGCCGAGCGGAACAAGGUCACGGGGCUCAGCCUGCUCCUCCUCCUCACCCAGGGCCGCUACGCCGAGUUCCACUCCGAGCUCGAGAGCCUCGCCAACCGCGAGGGCGGCGGCGGCGACGUCGAGGGAGACCGGUACCUGGGAUACCCCAUCCGCCUGGAGCGGUGGCUGAUGGAGGGCAGCUAUGACCGGGUGUGGAGGGCCAUGAAGAGCAGCGAGGUGCCGUGUGACGAGUACAGCGUUUUCUCAGAGAUCCUUAAGAAUCAGAUCCGCUCCGAGAUCGCCAGCAGCAGCGAGCGCGCCUACCCCAGUCUCCCCAUCAGCUCCACGAAAUCUCUCCUCUUCCUCGACUCCGAGGGCGACGUCAUCUCCUUCGCGAGGCAUCGCGGCUGGGCUGUCAAGGACGGCCACAUCUACUUCCCCGAUAGCUCCGAGGGCGGUGAGGAGGGAUCCCAGAAGGAGGUCAGCCAGAUGGUGAUAGAGAAUGCGCUCGGCUACGCCCGCGAGCUGGAGACGAUCGUGUAA